AUGACAUCAAAUAUAAUUAGAAAUGAAAAUUUAAUAUUUAAAUUCAAUAAAAAUGUUCAAUACAGCCAAAUUAAAAUCAAUCCUAUAACAGAAAUUCUAAAUAACCAGCUAUCACCAUUUCAAUAUAUUAAACUUUUAAUACCAAAUAGUAAUAACAAUGGUAUUAUACUACAGGUAUAUCCCGAUCCAACAAUUGAAGAAAUGUAG